AUGGCCGAGUCUGCACCGGGUUACAGCAAGCUCUACAUGGCGAAAGAGGCCCUGUAUGGGUUCAGGCCCUGUCCAGCUGAGUUUUUACCGAAGGAUUAUCCGGACCUUUCCAACAAACUUGCAGUCGUGACGGGCAUGAAUACUGGUAUUGGUCUAGAAGUUGUGAAACUGUUGUAUUCCAAGAACUGCAAUGUUAUUGGAGUCGUGAGAUCGACUGAAAAAGGUUUAUCGGCGCGCACGAAGAUACUCGAAGAAAUAAAAGAGAGUAAAGGAUCGAUAGAAGUUAUAGGGAAUUGUGAGCUUUCUGAUUUAACGACUAUCAAGUCUGCUGCGUCUGAAAUUACCCGCGCCGUUGCGGGAAGGCCCAUCAGUAUCAUCAUACAUAACGCAGGCAUUAUGCCUGAGAGCAAUCGGGGCGUGUCGAAACAGGGGCACGAGCUUAUUUUCGCCACCAAUGUUAUGGGUCCGCAGCUGCUGCAGCAUUUCCUUGACCCGCUUUUCUUAAAAUCUGACGACUCCCUCAAGAGAAUUGUGUGGGUUUCCUCCGGCGCGCAUUUCUUCGGCUUCAGCCAAUAUGGCAUUAAUUGGGAAAAUCCUACCUUCGAAGGCGUAGAUUUGAAAAGCAGGCCAAGCAGCAUGAGGCUUUAUGGUCAAUCUAAGGCUGCCAACAUUUUUCAAGCGAAAGCCUGGGCUACUCGCAAUGCGGAUAUGGUAGAGAAUUUAAAAUGUGUGUCUGUGUCUUGCUACCCUGGUAACAUCCGCACCGAGCUACAACGAGACAUGGAGAACUCCAUGCUGAUGCGCUUCUUAAAGCCGCUUCUUUACGGCCCUGAGUAUGGAGCUUAUACCGAAUUGUAUGCAGCUUUAUCUUCAGAGCUGACCUCAAAUUCUCAGGGUGCCUACGUCGUGCCUUUUGGGAAAAUUCACGAGCCCCGUGAAGACAUCAAGGCUGGUUUGCAGAAUGGCACUGAUUUGAAGCUCUGGGAUUGGGUCGAGAAGAAAAUUGAAAACUAUUUCUGA